GCCGGGAGGUGUGGCGGCGGCGGCGGCGGCGGGGCCGGGGCCGGGGCGGCGGGGCCGGGGCGGUGGGCCCGGAGCGGAGCGCGUCGCGAUGCAGAAAUACGAGAAGCUGGAGAAGAUCGGGGAAGGCACCUACGGGACCGUGUUCAAGGCCAAGAACCGGGAGACGCACGAGAUCGUGGCGCUGAAGCGGGUGCGGCUGGAUGAUGAUGAUGAGGGCGUGCCCAGCUCGGCGCUGCGGGAGAUCUGCCUGCUCAAGGAGCUGAAGCACAAGAACAUCGUCAGGCUCCACGAUGUCCUGCACAGCGACAAGAAGCUGACCCUGGUGUUCGAGUUCUGCGACCAGGACCUGAAGAAAUACUUCGAUAGCUGCAACGGGGACUUGGACCCAGAGAUCGUCAAGUCGUUCAUGUACCAGCUGCUGAAGGGCCUUGCCUUCUGCCACAGCCGCAACGUCUUGCACCGAGACCUUAAACCCCAGAACCUCCUCAUCAACAGGAACGGGGAACUCAAACUGGCCGACUUUGGCCUGGCCCGGGCCUUUGGCAUCCCCGUGCGCUGUUACUCGGCAGAGGUCGUCACGCUGUGGUAUCGGCCCCCAGAUGUCCUCUUCGGCGCCAAGCUCUACUCCACCUCCAUCGAUAUGUGGUCAGCUGGCUGCAUCUUUGCAGAGCUGGCCAACGCGGGGCGGCCCCUGUUCCCAGGGAACGAUGUGGACGACCAGCUGAAAAGGAUUUUCCGGCUGCUGGGAACCCCUACCGAGGAGCAGUGGCCGGCCAUGGCCAAGCUGCCGGACUACAAGCCCUACCCCAUGUACCCUGCCACCACCUCCCUGGUCAACGUGGUCCCCAAGCUGAACGCGACCGGCCGGGACCUGCUGCAGAACCUGCUGAAGUGCAACCCAGUGCAGCGGAUAUCGGCGGAGGAGGCUCUCCAGCACCCCUACUUCACAGACUUCUGCCCUCCCUAGGGACCCCCCCAGCGCUGGCCAGGCCCCGCGCUGAGCCGGGGGGCAGCACCCCGGUUCCUGGCACACUCCUGGCAGCGGCAGGGAGGGGACAGGCCCCCAGGGCGGUGGGGAGGGACACGAGGUG